AUGACUCCACUUAUGGACAAGUAUACGGAUCGUCACCACCCGGAUUAUAUCCCCGGUACGUUUAAUAUAUACUCAUCACCAGAUUCCGAGAGUGAUGUAAAAUCUGGGAGUACUACUGGCCGGCUCAAGACCGAUAAAAAUGGCGUUGUGCUUAUACCGCAGCCUUCAGAUUCACCCAAUGAUCCCUUAAACUGGUCGAAAUGGAGAAAGUUUUUACAUUUUGGUUUGAUGGCUUUUAUCACAGCAUUUACUGCAGCUACAAGUAACGAUGCGGGUGCUACUCAGGAUUCUUUAAAUGAGUAUUAUGGUAUCUCGUACGACUCGAUGAAUGUAGGUGCUGGCGUUUUAUUCUUGGGGAUUGGUUGGGCUACACUGUUCACAGCUCCGCUUGCCUCGCUUUAUGGGAGAAAAAUUACUUACUUAAUUUGCACCAUUCUCGGGCUAUUUGGUGCUUUAUGGUUUGCUUUGGCUAAGAGAACCUCAGAUACUAUCUGGUCGCAAUUGUUUGUUGGAAUCAGCGAAUCGUGUGCUGAGGCGCAGGUUCAAUCAUCUUUGAACGAUAUUUAUUUUCAGCACCAAAUGGGGUCUAUCUUGACGGUGUAUAUCCUGUGCACGAGUAUUGGUACUUUCUUGGGUCCCUUAAUUGCAGGUUAUAUCGCAUCUUUGACCAAUUUUCGCUGGGUCGGGUGGGUCGCUGUAAUUAUCUCUGGUGGUUUGUUAAUAGCACUUAUCUUUGGUUGUGAAGAGACCUAUUUUGAUAGAAACAAGUAUAUUACACCGCUUACAUAUGGCGGGAAUCCUUUUGGAGAUGAUUGCGCAGAUGAUAGGUCCUCUGUGGGUCUCAAUGAGAAGGCUAACAAGCCAAUCGAGCAGGCCGAUGUCGCCGGAGAAAGUGAAGUACAUGAGUUAAGUCCUCCCGCUGAUCAAUUGAUCGACGGUGCGUCUGAAAAAUUGAAACCAUAUCAUAAGAGAGUCGCUCUAAUCACCAAGGGGUCCAACUUGAAGGGAUGGGGGUUCAAGCAGUACCCAAAAUUCGUGCUUUUCAACUUGAGAAUGAUGUUAUACCCUCCCGUGUGGUUAUCGGGAUUAUUUUGGGGUAUUCAAGAUGUGUUCCUCACUUUUUACCUGACAACUGAAGAGAGUUAUUACUAUGACCCUCCAUGGAAUUACAGCGAUUAUGGUGUUGCUAUUAUGUGCGUUCCCACGUUGAUAGGUGCUGUCAUCGGUUGUAUCUAUGCCGGUAUCGUCAGCGAUUAUUUUGUCCUUUGGAUGGCGCGUAAAAAUAAUGGUAUCUUGGAGGCAGAAUACAGAUUGUACUUCUCCUUCGCUACUGCCUUCAUCGGUCCAGCCGGCCUGUUGAUGUUUGGUAUUGGUACGGAACGGGCGUUGUCAUGGCAAGUGAUCUACGUCGGACUCGGGUUUAUUGGUUUCAGUUGGGGUUGUUCUGGUGAUAUUGCAAUGGCCUACCUGAUGGACUGCUACCCCGAAAUGGUUCUGGAAGGUAUGGUCUGUACCGCCAUCAUCAACAACAGCAUAUCGUGCAUUUUCACCUUUGUUUGUUCGGACUGGUUGAGUGCAUCAGGUACAGAGAACACUUAUAUCGCGCUGGCAGUCAUCAACUUUGCGAUCACAUUACUAGCUUUACCGAGCUUCAUCUACGGUAAACGUAUCAGACUAUGGACCAAGAAAUGGUACAAUGAUUCUGUUGACCUAAGAGAUUUCCUAUGA